AUGUCUACACCUUCGAUAGCGACCACCAUCAUACCAGCACAUCAUUCACAAUAUGGUUACGCCCAUCAGAAUCCAUAUUCACCGUCAACUCGGACAUACCCCGCAACGACCGCAAUGCCUGCACCGCAGCGGUUGACCACUUCUUACCAUUCCUACCCGGCUACCGCUCAGUAUCCACAACCUCAGCUGUCCCCAGGCUCGUACAGACCGCCCUCUAACGUGUCAUCCAUGGCCCCUUCUCAGCCGGCAUCAGCCGUCCCUGACAAUAACAAACGACCGCCGGACUGGAACGAAUUUUACAAGAAUGGCGUGCCGAAAGAGAUAAUUGUUAUCGACGACGAUUCUCCCGAACCUCAGCCCGCAGCUGACUCCUCCAGCCAACAGCAAAACCUUGAUACGUCGACAUACCCUUCGAAUGCCGGCAGGAAAAGAAAGGUUGAUCAAGGCUAUGAAAUCGAGUACACAGACAGCCCAGCAUAUUCCACACACCCGGCAAAAUUUGGCGCGUCGUCAUCAUCCGCCUCUUAUCAUUCGGGAGAUAGGACCACGUCCCUUCAGACUGUGACGGCUCCUACAUCACUCGAAUCAUAUGGGAGCAACACUGCAAGUAACAGCUACGAAGACGUGAGGGUGGGCCAGAAACGAAAGAGAGUGCAGCCACAAAAGGAGACGAGAGCACAAGCCAAACGAAAACAACAGGAGACCGCAGACGCCUUUGCCGACUAUAUUCCACCUUCGAAACCGUUACGAAAGGCUACCGAUGUCCAUGUCCCCGUCAUCCGUGACAAUCUGCAUAAGCACCACAAGGUGGAUGACGACGACGGGCACUAUAUUGUGACUCCCCAGACGACUCUGACAGAUCGAUAUGACAUCGUCAAACUUCUCGGCCAAGGAACAUUUGGCAAGGUUGUCGAAGCCUACGACAAGAAGAAAAAAACAAAAUGCGCUGUCAAGAUCAUCAGAUCGGUUCAGAAAUAUCGCGAUGCAUCCCGCAUUGAGUUGCGCGUUCUUUCGACACUUGCUCUGAAUGAUAAGGACAACCGAAACAAAUGCAUUCAUCUGCGUGAUUCGUUUGAUUUUCGGAAUCACAUAUGCAUCGUGACCGAUCUGUUGGGGCAAAGCGUGUUCGACUUCCUCAAAGGAAAUGGCUUUGUGCCCUUUCCAAGCUCUCAAAUCCAAAGCUUUGCACGACAAUUGUUCACCAGUGUUGCUUUUCUCCACGACCUGAACUUGAUUCACACCGACCUGAAACCCGAGAACAUUCUCCUGGUGCACAACGCCUAUCAGACCUUUACCUACAACCGGACAAUACCGUCGUCAUCACAUACGAUAUCCAGAACAGCUCGGCAGAGAAGGGUUCUCCUUGACAGCGAAAUCCGGCUCAUAGACUUCGGCUCGGCUACUUUCGACGAUGAGUACCACUCUUCCGUGGUAUCCACUAGGCAUUACAGAGCCCCUGAGAUCAUACUUCAACUUGGUUGGAGUUUUCCUUGUGACAUCUGGAGCAUAGGGUGUAUCAUCGUCGAAUUUUUCACUGGCGAUGCUCUGUUCCAGACGCACGACAACCUCGAACACCUUGCCAUGAUGGAGGCUGUCUGUAAUGGAAAGAUUGACCCCAAGCUGGUCAAGGCUGUGUCUGCUGGAAGUCGCGGCGCCAAUGCAAACCCUGCCGCCAAGUUUUUCACCCGUGGGAAAUUAGAUUAUCCCAACACUGAAACCACGAAGGCGUCUCGGAAGUAUGUCAAGGCGAUGAAGCAGCUUCAUGAAUUCAUUCCGGCCAAUACUUCUUUCAACAGACAGCUACUCGAUCUGUUGCGAAAGAUCUUCGUCUACGAUCCGAAGCAGAGAAUUACGGCAAAGGAGGCAUUGAAGCACCCGUGGUUCAAGGAGACGUUGGUUGAUGACGGCACGGAAGCAAUCCGGAUACGGGAGGAACGUGCCAACGCAAUAGGACCAGAUGCCAAGCGACCAAGAGUGUGA